AUGGAAGAUAGCGGUGCACAUUUUUUCGAGGGGACUGAGAAGCUGCUGGAGGUGUGGUUCUCCCGUCAGGACGAGACCAAAGGAACCGGCGACCUCCGCUCCAUUCCGAGGUUUGAGUGGGACAAACUGUUGGAGAAUGUGCAUUGUUUGAUUAUAAGUGUGACGAAGACAGACAAGCAAGAAGCUUAUAUACUCAGUGAGAGUAGCAUGUUUGUCUCCAAGAGACGUUUCAUUUUGAAAACGUGCGGAACCACCCUUUUGCUGCAAGCACUGGUCCCUCUGCUGGAGUUGGCCCGGGAGUAUAGUGGCUUUGAUGCUAUUGAGAAUUUUUUUUACUCUCGUAAAAACUUCAUGAAGCCAACACACCAGGAAUUCCCUCAUCGAAACUUUCAAGAAGAGGUGGACUUCCUCAGCGAGAUUUUCCCAAAUGGAGCAUCCUACUGUAUGGGACGGCUGAACUCUGACUGCUGGUACUUGUUCACUCUGGAUCUGCCGGAUUACUGGCAGAACAAGCACGCUGACCAGACCCUGGAAGUUCUGAUGAGCCACCUGGACCCAGCAAUCAUGGACCAGUUCUUUAUGAAAGACGGUGUUUCCGCAAGUGAUGUCACUCGUAUGAGUGGAAUUCGUGACCUGAUUCCAGGUUCAGUGAUUGACGCCACAUUGUUUAACCCAUGUGGCUACUCCAUGAACGGCAUGAAGAAUGAUGGAACCUACUGGACAAUCCACAUUACUCCAGAGCCCGAGUUCUCCUAUGUCAGCUUUGAGACUAACCUGUCCCAGACUUCUUACGAUGACCUGAUUCGCAAAGUGGUGGAAGUCUUCAAACCGGGAAAGUUUGUCACAACCCUUUUUGUCAAUCAGAGCUCCAAGUGCCGCAGUGUCUUCUCUUCCGCCGAGAAACUGGACGGCUACAAGAAAGUGGACCGGCAGUUGGCUCAAUUCAACGACUACAACUUUGUCUUUACCAGCUACGCCCAGAGGUGUCCACAGAACCAGAAGAGCUGA